AUGAUUUUAAUUACAGAGUUUUAGUCAGUUUCUAAAAGUUGUCACUUUCAAAAGCUUUAAAAUUCGUAAAAUUCCUUAUCAAAUUAAGGGUUUUAUUACGAUGAAUAUCUUGAUUUCAGGUAGUCUUCUGGUCUCAUGCGUUCUAGUUCUUUUUCAAAAUUGUGACUCCACAAGGGAACAAUCUCGGUUUCGCCGUGGCGCCGCGUAUGCUGGAGCUUUGGGAUCGUUCACAAAACUAACGCCGUCCGUGGCCCUUGGAACCUUUGGUGGUCAUACAGACCAACCUCAUGGAGGUUACCGUAAACAAACGGUGCAGGAGUCGUUGGGCUCGUAUGGUCGCUAUUUACCAAAUCGACACGGCUAUCAAGGCAAGCAAACUGUACAGGAAGCCCUGGGAGCAUAUGGAGGUCAUUUGCCAAAUCCGCACGGUGGAUAUCGAGGAAAGCAGACGGUACAAGAAGCACUCGGUUCAUAUGGAGGAUUCGUACAGGGGGGUCACCGAGGUCCAAAUGUUAUUGGAAAUGAAUACAGCCCUUUCAACAAGGACUGAAAUUUUUAAAACAUAUUUUGAGACUAAUAAAAUUUGAUAUUUGACUUUCUAAUAAAUAUCUUUGGGCGAA